CUCGGUGGACAGAGAGACACACCUGUGGUAAAAGCUCUGUCAGAUAUUGAUAUUCAAACUAAACUGGCCAAGCGAUGAGUCUCACUGGAGUGGGAGGGGAUGACGGCAUUGCCUGUAGCACAAGUCUCUGUGGGGAACCUGGCCCACGAAAGGAAUCCAAAAGUCCACUCCUGCAGGGUUCAUCACCAGAAUCCUUAAUCAGCUGUCUGUCCAUGAAGAGUGACCGUUCUAAGGACAUACCCGUAUAUUUCAAACAGGACAAACCAAUGAAACUUGCAGGCAUUCCCAACGAUCAGAGAGACACAUCGGAAUUAAAGUUUCAGCAAGGAGACAUGGUCUCUAUUUUUAGGUUAGUCGAAGAAAACGCCAUUGCCAUGUUAAAACGGGAGCUGAAGAGAUUCAAAAGAGUUCUUUGUCUAGACCUCGCAGAAUGCAGUGAGAUUCAGAGGGGUGAUGAAGAUGUUGUGGACAAUGAAGAAGAGCAGGAGAGCACUGUCAGAGAGGGGGCUCUAAAAAUCACCCUGCAUGUCUUGAGAAACAUAAACCAAACAGAGCUUGCUGACAGACUGGAAAAAAAUCUUUUAGGUGAGCUUGCUGUCUGCCAACAUAAACUCAAAGCCAAUCUAAGGAGGAAGUGUGAACAUGUGUUUGAAGGGAUAGCGACGCAAGGUAACCCAAGUCUUCUCAAUAAGAUCUACACCGAGCUAUACAUCACAGAGGGUGGAUGUGGAGAGGUCAACAAUGAACAUGAAGUGAGACAGAUUGAGAUGGCAUCUAGAAGACCAGCAACAAAAGAAAAAUCCAUCAAAUGCAAUGACAUAUUUGAACCCUUUCAUGGACAAGAGAAUCAAAUCAAAACUGUGCUGACAAAGGGAGUCGCUGGCAUUGGAAAAACAGUCUCUGUGCAGAAAUUCAUUCUGGACUGGGCAGAAGGAAAAGCAAAUCAGGAUGUGAAAUUAUUAUUCCCUCUACCUUUUCGGGAGCUGAAUUUAAUGAAGGACAAGAUGCUCAGUCUGAUUGAACUUCUUCACCACUUUUCUAUGGAAACCAGAGAAUCAGGAAUCAUGAACUUUGACAAAUACAAAGUUUUGUUUAUCUUUGAUGGUCUGGAUGAGUGUCGGCUUCCUCUUGACUUCAAGAACAACGAGUGCUGUAAGGAUGUCACAGAGUCAACCUCAGUAGACAGUUUGAUGACAAACCUCAUCAAGGGGAAUCUGCUACCCUCAGCUCUUCUUUGGAUAACCUCCCGACCUGCAGCAGCCAAUCAGAUCCCUCCAGAGUGUGUUGACCAGGUGACUGAGGUACGAGGGUUCAGUGACACACAAAAGGAGAAGUACUUCAGAAAAAAAUUCAGUGAUGAGAACCUGGCCAGCAAAAUCAUCAAACACAUAAAGACAUCAAGGAGCCUCUACAUCAUGUGCCACAUUCCAGUCUUCUGUUGGAUUUCUGCCACUGUUCUAGAGAAACUGUUGGGUGAAGCCGAGAGUGGUGAGAUGCCCAAAACUCUGACUGAGAUGUACUCACACUUUAUGAACUACAACAUACUACAUAAAAAACUGAAAUAUUCAAGGGGACAAGAAAAACCUGAAACAGAUAUACAGAUGAAAAGGGAUGAAGAAAUGAUUUUGAAAUUGGGAAAACUAGCCUUUCAACAACUCGAGAAAGGCAAUCUGGUCUUCUAUGAGGGAGACCUGAGAGAGGGUGGCAUUGAUGUCACAGAAGCCUCAGUGUAUUCAGGAGUUUGCACGCAAAUCUUCAGAGAGGAGUGUGGGCUGUACCAGGAGAAGGUGUACUGCUUUGUUCAUCUGAGCAUUCAGGAGUUUCUGGCUGCUGUGUAUGUAUUUGUCACAUUCAAAAAUGACAAUGACAAUCUAAUGGCCAAGCCAGAAACUACUGGCAGAAAACACCACGCGUCUGAAGAAACACCUGAAACUGCUCUCCACAUGAAAGCUGUGAACAAGGCCAUGCAGAGUGAGAAUGGACACCUGGACCUCUUCCUCCGCUUCCUUCUAGGUCUCUCAGUAGAGUCCAAUCAGACACUUAUACGAAGCCUUCUGACACAGACUGGACACAGCUCACCGACUAAUGAAGAAACAAUCAACUAUAUCAAGGAGAGGAUCAGAGAAAACAUCCCUCCAGAGAGGCGUAUCAAUCUAUUCCACUGUCUAAAUGAAUUAAAUGACCAUUCUCUAGUUCAAGAGAUCCAAAGCUACCUGAGUUCAGGAAACCUGUCUGAAACUGAACUGUCUCCUGCACAGUGGUCAGCUCUUGUCUUUUUGUUGUUGACAUCAGAAGAGGAACAAGAGUUGUUUGAUCUCUCAAAAUUCUGUAGAACAGAAGAAGGUCUUCUGAGGCUGCUGCCAGUGAUCAAAGCCUCCAGGAAAGCCCUGCUGAAUGGAUGCCACCUCACAGAAAAAUGCUGUGAAGCGUUGGCCUCAGCUCUCAGCUCAACUGCCUGCCAACUCAGAGAGCUGGACCUGAGUGACAAUGACCUGCAAGAUUCAGGGGUGAAGCUCCUGUCUGCUGCACUGAAGAGUCCACACUGUAAACUGGAAAUAUUGAGGAUGUCAUUUUGUGGAGUCACAGUGGAAGGCUGCAGAUAUCUGGCCUCCGCUCUGAAUUCAAAUCCCUCCCACCUGAAAGAGCUGGACCUGAGCUACAAUCACCCAGGAGACUCAGGAGUAGAUAUACUACACUCAGUGUUGGAGGAUCCACAAACAAAACUGGAGAAACUCAGUAUGGACCAUGGUGCCGAGUGUUGGUUAAAAUCAGCCCUUAAGAAAUAUGCCUGUGAGCUGAGCCUGGACCCCAAUACAGCCCAUCGACACCUCUCGCCCUCCGAGGACAACAGGAAGGUGACUCGCAUGGAAGAGGAGCAGCCACAUCCUGACCACCCGGAGCGAUAUGAGAACUGGAAACAGGUGCUGUGCAGAGAGGGCCUGACUGGCCGCUGUUACUGGGAGACCGAGUGGAUGGGUCCUGAGGCCCACAUAGGAGUCACGUACCAUGGGGUGGACAGGAAGGGGACGGGCACAGACUUUGGCCUGGGAUACAACGACAAGUCCUGGAGUAUCACCUGCUAUGGGGACAACUUCACUGCCAGACAUGAUAACGUGCCUACAGCCAUACUGCCGCCUCCACUCGCGUCCCGCCGGGUGGGAGUGUAUCUGGACUGGCCGACCGGCACUCUGUCCUUCUACAGCGUCUCGUCUGACACACUGACCCACCUGCACACGUUCAACGCCACUUUCACUGAGCCCCUUUACCCGGCGUACAGGCUGUGGUGUAACGGCUCGACGGUGUCUCUGUGCCAGGUGGAAAGGAAAAGGGGAAAGUGCUGAUACAAGACGGUCACACUUGAAGACAUACGUAACAUCAAAGCUGGUAUUUAAUCCCCGGCUGAUUUUCUACGUUUGCCCACUGACAAAGAAAUGGUCAGUCUAUAAUUUUAAUGGUAGAUUUACUUGAACAGUAAGAGACAG